UAACGACUGCCACGGUACAGCAAUGUGCUGCGGAUAUGACGCCCGCCGGAUUGUCGCUUGGUAAUGACCCUGGCUGACGCAUUGCUGCCGGAGAGGGGGGGGGGGGGGAUGCAUGAAGGGAUUGUGUGCCGCUGAGCGCCGACGGCGACGUCAUUAGCUUGGCUGGAUGAUCUGCUUCCGCCGCCUUCACCUUCGCGCCAUGCAUCCUUCGGACGCCUCACACACGCUCACUCGCUCAUCUAAUCAAUGUUGAUUUAUUAAAUCAACUACCUCCCGGGUCGGAAGCUGCGCAGUAAAGACGGUUGUACGGUCCACCCCCACUCCGGGGCCGGUACGGGUGGAUCGUGCCACUUCCAACUGGCACUCGGGGCAGCCGGACAGAAACACCGCAUUCAGCCGCGCGACCGGCCAGCCAGCGUUUGCUCUCGUGUGUUUAAUUAGCGCUCGAUCGCGCGCUCCGUCGUACACUCUCUGUCCUCGGGAAAUCGGAAAGGUCUUAGCUAGCCGAGCGUCACGUCGGUGUGUUUCCGUUUUGCUUGGUGUGGUUUUUGUGUUUGUGUUUGACGGGAGAAAUCUGCCCAAGGCUCAAGGUUCUUUCGUACCGGGGGUUUGUAACGUUGCCACGCUACUUCCAGCCAUCAGUCUGCCGGUGAAUCGUCGCUGGUGUAGAGUGUAGUGUUGGUCUGGCUUUCGGGUGUAAACGCUGCGCAAGUGGAAAGCAUGGGUUCGAAGGUGCUACUGUCCGUCGGUGUGCUGCUGGUGGUCGCGGCAGCAAUGGUUGCGUCCAAGUCGGUGCCGGAGCAACGCUCCCAUCUCGAUCUGGCCGAGCUGGACUCGAGCGAGGAGCAGCCGGGCACGAUCGAUCGUGUGAAGGGCUUCUUCGGCGACCUGUCCACCAAGGUGAAGGAGGGCGUGCAGGAGGGCGUCGUCAAGGUGAAGGACGGCGUCAAGAAGGGUUCGGUCAAGGCGAAGGAGUACGCGACGAACGUGCGCGACUACCUGCGGGACAAGUUUAGCAGCGACUCGAAGGAGGCGGAGGUAACGACCAGCACAACGACCACCACUGCGAAAUCAGUUACCGGAUUCUGAUGAUGAUUGUGGACUGGAUGCUCGACCGAUUGCUCGCUGACAAAGCUCUCCAGCUUUUGUAAUAUAAAUAAAGUUUUGUUCUUGAUUACAUCGCA